AUGUCAAAAACAAGUGAAACCAAUAAAGAAAUUAAUUACAUCGUUCAAGAGGAAGAAGAAAAAAAAAUUGAAGAACAAGAGGAUUGGAAAAAUAUUGUUGAAGAAUGGAAAGAAGAAAACAAUGAAAUUAUUACAAUAAAUAAAGAACAGAAUAAAUUAUUCUUUAGAUAUUUGUCAUUAAUACAGAAUAGUGUUUAUCAUCGUUUUGCAUUAUUUCAAAUUGAAGAUUCAAUUAAACAUGUUUCACAUUCUCAAAAUGAAUACUUUGCAUUGUUUUGGAGAUGUAUUAAAGAAUAUUGUGAUGACAAUUCAGAAAUUAGAAAUCCUAAAGCAUUAGAAAUUAUUCCAUUACAACUUCCUUCUUCAAUUAAAAUUAACUUUUCAUUUGAAAUUAAACAAAUUAAAAAUAAAUUGAUUGUAGAGUUUAAUUCAUCUCCAAUUCUUUUUCAUGAUGGAGAAUUUCCAGCUAAUUGCUCUGAAAGACAUAAUUCAAUUCAAAAUAUUUUUAAUGGAGAAUUAGCUGUAUUAAAUAUUCCUAUUCACAAGGGGUUUGAAAGUUCAAUUCAACUUCAUUUAAAAUCAAAUUUAAAGUAUGACAUUCAUUAUGGAGGUUAUGAGUAUCAAAUUAAACACAUGAAUAUUGAUAACAUGAAAGUAGGGGAUAUGUUUUUAACAAUGCACUCAAAUAUGUAUUACAAUGUAGUUAUUCAUUCAUUUUUUAAUGAAAAUAAUGCGUUUCAAUUUGGCUCAAAUGACAAAAGUAUGGUGUAUUAUUCAAAUCUUAUCUUUAAAUGCCAUCAAAUGAAAGCUUCUUCUUUAUUCUUUGUUCUUGAUGAUAUUGGAAACGAAAAUUUGAUUGAACAAGUUAUGGUUGAAAUGUUUACAAAUAUUAGACAGUCUUUAAUUAAUGAAGGAUUCACAACAUUAAAAACAAUAGGAUUCAUUUGCUCUGAAGAAAUAACAUCCCAAACCACUUUAAAAACAUUUUUCACAUCAAAAAUCCAUGUCCAAUAA